CGGAGAGGUAGCGGGGCGCCUAAUGGUUGCGGAAGCGCCCACUUGGCGGAGGUUGGGCCCGGCUUCAGCCCGGACGGGAAGCGAUGGCUCUUACCGGAACCGAGGACGAGGCACGUCUGCAGUGGCCGCCUCUCCGGUGACCCUCUUCCAGCUUCUGGGCCCUGCAUUGUACCGCUCCAACCCCGGGACCUGGGGCCAGGGCGCUCCUUCCCUGCUUCCACACCCCACCUCCUUUUAAAAAACUUUUAAAUUUUGAAAUAAUUUUAGACUUACGGAGAGAUGAAAAGUAUCUUACACCACCAUGGAACAUGUGUCGAAACUAAGAAGUUAACAUUGGCAUAAUAACGAUUAACUACAGGACAAGCUUGAUUCAGAUUUUACCAAUUUUUUUUCCGCAAUUUUUUUUUUCUGCUCCAGGAUCCAAACCAGAAUAGCACAUUGCAUUUAGCCUGCCUUAUUUGUAAUUGGUGUUAAGAGCUGGAAUCUCCUCUGUCUUACCCGUCUACCCUCUCCCCCAAGACAUGAACUGGCUUUUUAAAAUCCAAGAGAUACUUACUCGAUCUUUAAAUUUAGCAAGUAUUUAUUGGUAGUCUAGUAUAUGCCAGGUUCUGUUCUAGGUAUUGGGUAUUCAGCAUUAUCUGGUUCAGAUAAUCCUGAUCUCAUGGGAGCUAAAUAUAGUACACUGGGACCCAUAGGUUCCGUCUUCUGCGUGUUGUAUUUCAGAUUACUUUUUCAAUUUAAGGACACGCCACUUACAACAAUUACGUUGGUUGAAAAUCAGUGUUCAAGCUUUUCUACUCCCAAUUUACUCUAAAUUUUACUAUAAACUUCCAAGUGAUAGGAUUACCCCUUGCAUCUUCCCUUGUUAAAAAUUUUUUCCCCCUAAACUUUAUUACUAUUCUGAAAAAAAAAAACAGUAAAUAAAGAAAUGCUAAGUAAACCAGACUGAAGACCCUACUGUAGAUGGAGUUUCUCAUGUCUAAUUUUCAGAUUCUUUGACACAUGUAAUAAACCCAGGAAAAAUUUUAAAAGUUACCCUGUAUUCUUUCUCAGUUACCAUGUUUUAGGGAUCUGGCAAUUGCUCAGAGAUGAUAAGCAGCCUGAAAGUAUUUUUGUAUUUCUUUGCAUAAUUUGCUGCAGUUCAUGAUCAAGUGGUACCCGCAGGAAGUUCUUCAUCUAGAGUCAUAGUACACGUGGAUCUGGAUUGCUUUUAUGCACAAGUAGAAAUGAUCUCAAAUCCAGAACUUAAGGACAAGCCUUUAGGGGUUCAGCAGAAAUAUUUGGUGGUUACCUGCAACUAUGAAGCUAGGAAGCUUGGAGUUAAGAAACUUAUGAAUGUCAGAGAUGCUAAAGAAAAGUGUCCACAGCUAGUAUUAGUUAAUGGAGAAGACUUGACUCGUUACAGAGAGAUGUCAUAUAAGGUUACAGAGUUAUUGGAAGAAUUUAGUCCAGUUGUUGAGAGACUUGGGUUCGAUGAAAAUUUUGUGGAUCUCACAGAACUGGUGGGGAAGAGACUACAGCAGCUUCAAAGUGACGAGCUUGCAGCACUGACUGUGUCCGGUCACGUGUACAAUAAUCAGGCUGUAAACCUGCGUGACCUCUUGCACGUCAGACUGCUGGUUGGAUCUCAGAUUGCAGCAGAGAUGCGGGAAGCCAUGUACGUUCAGCUGGGUCUCACUGGCUGCGCUGGAGUGGCUUCUAAUAAAUUACUGGCAAAAUUAGUUUCUGGCGUCUUUAAACCAAAUCAACAAACAGUCUUAUUACCUGAAAGUUCUCAAGAUCUCAUUCAUAGUUUGAACCACAUAAAGGAAAUCCCUGGUAUUGGCUAUAAAACUGCCAAACGUCUGGAAGCACUGGGUAUCAGUAAUGUGCGUGAUCUUCAGGCUUUUUCAUCCAAAAUAUUAGAAAAGGAAUUAGGAAUUUCAGUUGCUCAGCGUAUCCAGAAGCUCAGUUUUGGAGAGGACCACUCUCCUGUGACGCCCUCAGGGCCACCUCAGUCCUUUAGUGAAGAAGAUUCACUUAAAAAAUGUUCAUCAGAAAUUGAAGCUAAAAAUAAGAUUGAAGAACUGCUUGCUAGUCUUUUAAACAGAGUCUGCCAAGAUGGGAGGAAGCCACAUACAGUAAGGUUAAUAAUCCGUCGGUAUUCAUCCGAGAAGCACUGUAGCCGUGAGAGUCGGCAGUGCCCUAUUCCACCCCACGUAAUUCAGAAGUUAGGGACAGGAAAUUAUGAUGUGAUGACCCCAAUGGUUGAUAUACUUAUGAAACUGUUUCGAAAUAUGGUGAAUGUGAAGAUGCCAUUUCAUCUUACCCUUUUAAGUGUGUGCUUCUGUAACCUUAAAGCAUUAAAUACUGCAAAGAAAGGGACUAUUGAUUAUUACUUAACACCAUCAUUAUCAACAACUUCAUGCUCUGGCAAGCGUAGUUUUAAAACGAAAGACACUCACAUGGAGGAUUUUUCCAAAGACAAAGAAACAAAUUGGGAUUUUCUACCAACUGGAAGAAUUGAGAGUACAAGAGCUGGGGAGUCUCCACCAGAUACUACAAGGUUUUCUAGAGAAAAAGGCAGAAAUGAAUUCCCACUCUUCUCACUUCCUGAGCGUAUUGACCGAGAAGUCUUUAAGCAGCUUCCAGUAGAUAUUCAAGAAGAAAUCCUUUCUGGGAAAUCUAAAGAAAAAGCUCAAGGGAAAGGAAGUUCGAGUUGUCCAUUACAUGCUUCUAGAGGAAUAUUAUCUUUUUUUUCUACAAAACAAAUGCAAGAUGGCUCUUUAAAUCCUAGAGAGCGUUUAUCCAAUAGCAAACAGAUAUCCUCUGUAUCUCCCUGUGAACCAGGAACAUCAGGUGUAAAUAGCAGUAGUUCCUCUUACCUGUCUAGCCCAAAGGAUUAUUCACAUUAUUUAGACAGUAGCUUAAAAGAUGAACGAAUGAGUCAAGGACCGAAAGAAUCUCAAGGAUUCCACUUUUCAAAUACAAACCCUGCUGUAUCUGUUUUCCAUUCAUUUCCACAUUUGCAGAGUGAGCAACUUUUCUCCAAAAACCGCACUACAGAUAGCCAUAAGCAACCGCUGGCAACAGUCUCUCAUCAUGAAGGACUUACAGAAAAUAGAGAGCAAGAUUCUACUGAUGAGAAAAUUACUUUUCCUUCUGACAUUGAUCCCGAAGUUUUCUAUGAACUACCAGAAGAGGUGUUCCACAGAUACACUGUAAUGUUUGGAGAUCUCCCUAACCUUGCUACACUAUCCGAAGAUUUUAUCUACAGAGGUCGGCUGCAGGCUGCUAUCUGCAUUUGCCUUUAGGGUGAACUCCACCUUUCAGGUUUGCUUCUUGCCCAUACUUCCUGCUCCUUUCCUGCUUUUGUUUCAGCUCAUUUUUUUUCCCCUGUGUGAGUGUAGAGGGGUGGGGCCUGGAAAUUUCCCUUAUAUAGUACAACUCAGUGAUGAAUUAACAAGUCUGUUUUCUCCAGAAUCUAAUAUUUUGUAGGGAGAACUCUUAAGAUUGUCUGUCUCACCACAGUGCAGAAGUACAAGUCUGUUUGGAUUUAUUUUUCCCAUCUUAUUUUGUACUUUCUCUUUCUUUUUCUAUGCUUUCUAUGCUUCUUUCCCAUCCGUAUUCCUUUCCUGUCUUCUUUUUGUAUUGGUUGAAUUUUCUGUUUUAUAUCUUCCUUCUACUGAUUUGAAAUUUAAACAUCCUAAGUUUCUCAUUACCCUUAAAAAUUUAACAAACUUAACAUCUAAAGAUGGUAAAUAUCUGUACCCUUUUCCAAAACAACACAAAGAUGUUAAAAUAUAUUAAUUUUAAUCAAGUUCCUCUAGUUCUUUAUAUAAGCUCCAAAUUCAAUAUUAUUAAUAUUUUAUAUAAUUAAUGUUUGGGUUUACCCGUAUGUUUAUCUUUUUGGGAGGCUCACCUUUUUUUUUUCUUGCAUCUCAACAUUCCUUCAAAGUAUAAUUAUUUUAACUUUCUGCAACAUGUCUUCAGAACUGGAUUUAGAAUUGACUUCUCUUGGACUGUUUUAAGAUACUUAAAAAAUAAAAGAAGUAUUUUUAUCUUCGGA